AGUAUAUCUGCUUAACAAGAUCCCUCCUCCUCCUAGUUCAACAACGCCAAGAAACACUAAACAACAUUCUUGAAAGAAAAUGAACUACCCUUCAAACCCUAGCCCUAAUUUCAUAGAUUUCCCUAAAACUUUCACAUCCGAUGAUUAUGAUGAUGCUUUUCAGAUGAUCAUGGAACAAAUCAGCCUCGAGGAUCACUCACCCACCUUGAGUUGGACUUCAUCUGAGAAAUUACUGGCUGCAGAAGUCACAAGCCCCCUUCAAACAAGCCUAGUUACCUCACCUAUGAGCCUUGAAAUAGGGGACAAAACUGAUGAGAUCAAGAAGAGGAAGAGACACAAAGAUGGUCCGAUUAUUCACGUGUUUAAAACGAAAUCUAUUGAAGAAAUUGCUUUAGAUGACGGAUUUAAAUGGAGGAAAUACGGCAAGAAACCGAUAAGGGGCAGUCCAUUUCCGAGGCAUUAUCACAAGUGUUCGAACCCCAAUUGCAUCGUGAAGAAGAAGAUCGAGAGAGAUACGAGCAAUCCUGAUUAUGUGUUGACAACUUACGAAGGGAGACAUAAUCACCCAAGCCCUUCUGUGGUUUAUUGUGAUUCAGACGACUUUGAUCUUACCUCUCUCAACAUUUUGUCUUUUCAGACACGUACUUAUAAUUAUUCACAUUCAGCUCCGUGACCAUACUUAAAAGUCUGUGUGUCCAGAUGUGUAUACAGUGUAAAUAUUCAUCGUAAUCACGCAUCAUAUGUAUCCGCUUGUACUUGGUUGGGUCGGUUUUGUAAUGUACUGAAUUGGGGGGUGGGUAAACUGGAAAUCAUCUUGUAUGUGCAUGCAUUAUGAUAGUAAAUGUUGUAUAUAAAUAUAUUAACUGAUUUGUAGAUAAGACUCACUUAGUUCAGUUUAUAAAUGUCUUGGUAUCUUUAUUCUUUAAGUUAGCAAAUUGAAUGUAAACAAACAAAAAAUUGGUGUGGGUAGCAUACAUAUUAUGAUAUUAUGAUGAAGGAUUCAAACCGUUCAUUUCAAUUCUACCACAAAUACUUCUUAUGUAAAUCAUUUUAAACAUAACUUGCACAGUAUAACCAAGUGAUGGUAGCCUAGUGGCAAUCUCUUG